AUGGCUCGAGCGUUAGUGGUUUUAGUGUCCCUGUUGGCCUUCAGCAACGUCCUUUAUGCUUUUUCGCCUACACUUAUUAGGGACAUGGCUAAAGUUCUCAUGGACAACUACUGCUCACCAGAAAAGCUGGCUGGUAUGGAAGAGGCGAUCGAUGCUGCCAGCAGCAACACGGAGAUCCUUGGCAUCGAAGAUCCCACUAUGCUUGCGAGCGUGCUGACCGACGGAGUUAAGAGUACGCUCCGAGACUCCAGAGUUAAGGUCACCUAUGAGCCAGAUUACGUCCCGGUGGUACCGCCAGCAAUUCCUGACAUCCCACCGGAGCAACUGGCCGCUGUGGUGAAGGGCACCGUAAACGUAGAGGUCCUGGAGGACGACAUUGCCUACCUGAAGAUCCAGCACAUUAUCGGGGAGGAGAUGGCUCAGAAGAUCGGACCACUUCUGCUGGAGCAUGUCUGGAGUAAAGUUCUCCCGACCUCUGCGAUGAUCCUGGACCUUCGCUACGCGGUCACUGGGGAGAUGUCCGGCAUCCCUUACAUUGUGUCCUAUUACACUGAUGCUGAGCCACUCAUCCAUAUCGACUCCAUCUAUGAUCGUCCCUCAGAUAAUACCACCGAGCUCUGGUCCAUGCCCACCUUGCUGGGAAAAAGGUAUGGAACCUCCAAGCCCUUGAUCAUCCUGACCAGCAAGAAUACCGUUGGUGUUGCGGAAGACGUCGCCUACAGCCUUAAAAAUCUCAAAAGAGCUACCAUCGUGGGGGAGAAGACCGCUGGAGGAUCGGUGAAGAUUGACAAGAUCAAGGUCGGUGAUACUGACUUCUACGUCUCGGUUCCCGUAGCUAAAUCCAUCAGCCCCAUCACCGGCAAGAGCUGGGAAGUCAAAGGAGUAACGCCAGACGUUGAAGUCGACGCAGAAGAGGCCAUGGAUGCCGCCAUAGCCAUCAUCAAGCUUCGUGCUGAGAUCCCUGAGAUUGUCAAGGCUGCUGCUUCUCUGGUUGCUGAAAAUUAUGCCUUCCAAAGCAUCGCGGUCGACGUCGCUGAAAAACUAGAGGCUCUCGCGAACAGCAGCGAGUACAGCAUGAUUUCCUCGAAGAAACAACUGAAGGAAAAACUCUCGGCUGAUCUCGCAAAAUUGUCAGGGGACGAUUGCCUGAAGAUCACUGACAGCUCUCCUAUGAUGCUUCCAACGGACGCUUCACCAGAGAUGCUGAUUGAGCUCAUCAAAGUCUCGUUUCAAACCGACGUGUUCGAGAACAACAUCGGCUACCUCCGUUUUGACAUGUUUGGGGAGUUCAACCAAAUCGCUGUUGUGGCUCAGAUCAUUGUGGAGCAAGUUUGGAACAAAGUGGUGGACACAGAUGCCCUGAUCAUUGACCUCAGGAACAACGCUGGAGGGUCUAUAAACCCGAUUGCCGGAUUCUGCUCCUACUUCUUUGAUGCAGACAGGGAGAUUGUGCUGGACAAACUGUACGACAGACCCUCAGGCACCAUGAAAGACCUCGUCACCCUUCAGGAGCUGACAGGCAGGAGAUACGGCUCCAAGAAGAGCCUGCUGAUUCUGACGAGCGGCGCGACGGCCGGUGCGGCCGAGGAAUUUGUUUACAUCAUGAAGAAUCUCGGCCGCGCCAUGAUCGUGGGCGAGCCGACCAGCGGCUCCUGCCAGCCCCCGAAGCCUUUCCAAGUCGGUGACAGCGACAUCUUCCUGGCCAUCCCUACCACCCACUCAUAUACGGUCCAGGGUUUCGCCUGGGAGGGGACCGGAAUCGCCCCUCAUAUCCCGGUGCCUGCCGACACGGCGCUGGACACGGCCAAGGGAAUCCUCAACAAGCACUUUUCAGGCCAGAAAUAA